AUGAAGCUCCAAAAUUUAUUAGAAGUUUUGCUCAUUCUAAUCAUCGUUUCGUUCGCUGCCUCAAAACCAAUUGACAAGGAAAAUGGUCGCGCUGUUCAUCACCGGCAUCAUGUGAAAAAGGGAUUAAUUGCGAGACAAGAGCCUGUUGAUGGAGCUCCUGCUAAGCCAGUUGCCGCUGCUGAAGAGGAUGACGAUGAUUUUGACAUCACGGAUAUCUUUGACGUCUUCGAUGACGACGACGAGGAAGACGAAGAAGAAAGUGCCGAAGAGGAAAGCGCCGAAGAAGUCGAAGAUGACGACGAAGAAGCUGACGAGGAAGACAGUGACAGUGACGAGGAAGAAGACGAAGCUGAUGAAGCUGAAACAGCAGCUGCUGGCGGUGCUUCGGAACCUGAUGCCUUUGACUUGAUCGCCGAGCUGCUCGAAGACGAAGAAACCCCCAAGCCAAAACCAUCGACAGCUGCCCCCGAAGUUGUUGCGCAAUCUCUUGCCGCUGAAGAAGCUGCUGACGAAGCCGAUGACGAAGAAGAAGACGAUGAAGCUGAAGCUGCCUUGGAGCCUGUGGUCACGAUCCAAAAGGUACCCGAACAAAAACCCACACCAAAGCCCACAAAAGCCCCCAAAAAGCCCAAAACGACGACAACAACGGAAAAAUCCGCGCCCGAAAAAGCCGACUUGCCGCCAUUGAACUUGCAAAACACCUCCGCCUUGUUGGAGCUCCAAGCACAACUCACAGCCAACAAUGUCAAGGGAGGAGGCGAUUUGGAGGACGAUGAAAAAGUCGCAACCCCAAAACCCACAAAGAAGCCCACGAAGAAAAAGACAACCCCAAAAGUCCAGAAGAAACAAGUCUCCUCGAAUGACAUCGAAGUUGCCGAAAAAACUUUGAUGGAAAAAACUCCCGUUGUCAUGGAAGAUGGCGUCGUUAUGGAAAAAGUCCCUUUGAAGACGCCCGAAGGUGAAAAAAUGAAGAUGCAACAACAACAAGAAGACGAGUCCGAAGAAGGUGUCGAAGUUAUUUCAAGCUAA